GCCGACGGUAAGGCGACUCCGCGCCGGAAGCUGCUAGAAACACCCGAGAUCCGGGUUCUGCGGUUCGCUGGUCGUCACGUGCUCCGCCUUUCCCUGGGGUACCUCCUCCGCCGCGUUGAGCGGAUUCCUGACGCUGCCGAGUGGACACCGGGCCCAGAACCAUGAGUGUGGGCUUCAUUGGCGCGGGCCAGCUGGCUUGUGCCCUGGCGCGGGGCUUCACGGCCGCAGGCAUCCUGUCGGCUCACAAGAUCAUAGCCAGCUCCCCGGAAAUGGACCUGCCCACGGUGUCCGCGCUCAGGAAGAUGGGGGUGAACCUGACCCGGAACAACAAGGAAGUGGUGAGGCACAGCGACGUCCUGUUCCUGGCCGUGAAGCCGCACAUCAUCCCCUUCAUCCUGGACGAGAUCGGGGCUGACGUCCAGGCCAGGCACAUCGUGGUCUCCUGUGCAGCUGGCGUCACCAUCAGCUCCGUGGAGAAGAAGCUGCUGGCGUUCCAGCCGACCCCCAAGGUGAUCCGCUGCAUGACCAACACGCCCGUGGUGGUGCGGGAGGGCGCCACGGUGUACGCCACAGGCACCCACGCCCUGGUGGAGGACGGGCAGCUGCUGGAGCAGCUCAUGAGCAGUGUGGGCUUCUGCACUGAGGUGGAGGAGGACCUGAUCGACGCCGUCACCGGGCUCAGUGGCAGCGGGCCUGCCUACGCAUUCAUGGCCCUGGACGCUUUGGCCGAUGGGGGGGUGAAGAUGGGCCUGCCGCGGCGCCUGGCAGUCCGGUUGGGGGCCCAGGCCCUGCUGGGAGCUGCCAAGAUGCUGCUGGACUCGGAGCAGCACCCAGGCCAGCUCAAGGACAACGUCUGCUCCCCUGGGGGGGCCACCAUCUACGCCCUGCACUUCCUAGAGAGCGGGGGCUUCCGCUCCCUGCUCAUCAAUGCCGUUGAGGCCUCCUGUAUCCGUACACGAGAUCUGCAGUCCAUGGCUGACCAAGAAAAGGUGUCCCCAGCUGCCCUCAAGAAGACCCUCCUGGACAGAGUGAAGCUGGAAUCCCCCACAGUGUCCACUCUGACUCCCUGCAGCUCAGGGAAGCUCCUCACCAAAAACCCGGCCUUGGGAGGCAAGAAGGACUAAGGCGGCCCCACCCCUGUCUGUGACCAGAGCCCUCACCUGCGGGCCUGAGCAGGGCCAGGGCGCGCUCAGGUAGUCUUCAGGUCCUUGUUAUGAAACCUCCUUAAAUCUAUUCAGACCAAGCAGCCCUAGUCGCCACUGCCGUGCCACGGUAGGAGAUGCGUGGAAGGGGCGGAUGACACAGGAGCCAGGUGGGCCCUUGCCACCUCCCAUCCGGGGUCCUGCUCAGGUAGGAAGGUCCGGGGAGAACCUUCAACUCUGGUUCUCCAGCCGAAGCCCACAGUGGGGUCCGUUUGAUCCCAUGUCAAGGACAUGACAGGUAAAAAAAUGCGACAAGGGCAUCUCUCUUUGAAUCGAGAGUGGGCAACUUAGUAUCGUCACAACCCGAAACACGCAAAGGGAGACUGGGCUGUGUUUUGCUCCUGCUUCACACAUACACCACGCCAGUGAGUUAGUCACUUUCGCUAAGUUUAGUUGCUUCAAUAAAGUUUUAUUUUUUAUUACCCUGCUUUUCUUAAGCUUAAUCGUGAGUCAUUCCAGAGAACUCAAGGCCCUGACCAGACGCCCCUGCUUCUGUGGACACG